CUCCCAACUCUCAAGUCUUACAAGUACUAUAUUCACCUCCUCAUAACCUCCAUACAGCAUGGCAGCAAGAUUUGAUCUCAAUGCAGACCUGCCUGGAGCUCUCCAGAGACGCCUUGAUUCAUGGAAGCAACAACCACCCCAGCAUCAGCAUCAAGCCUAUGGUCCCCUGAAUGCUUAUCUCCAAGGUCAUAAGUUCCCAUCAGCUCAUUUUCUUGUGAAACCCCAGGCUUUACUCCGUGCAGAGGAACCAGAACCACAAGAAGAUUAUGGCACUGACCUAGGGGACAUCUCUAUGGGUUCAGUUGACUCCCAUGGCUAUGAAGUAACAGAUGGCAAAUUGUAUCCUGAUUUUGACAUUGAUCAAUACUGGGGUACACCUGAAGAUGCUCAGGAUCCCAACUUUAACCCCCAACCUGACAUACAGGGUGACCUCAUCCGAGUCGUAGUUGAAGUAGCAUCACUGUCAAACCCAAAGGCAACCUAUGAUGCAGUGGUACAACAACUGGGUGGCUACAUAGAUCAAGCUGGAGAGAGAUGGAAUGGAUGGCUCCUAGGCAUUGCAGUGCCGGGGGGCUAUGAUGCCCUUGCAGUUGAUGUCUUCCGGCGUGGGUGGGUUUCAUUGUUUAGUGACAGGUUCAGGUUGAAGUUGGAUGAGAUGCUGAAUUACUGCCUGGAACCACUUGAUGACUCAGAGUAGAGGCAUUAGUGUAGUGCACUAGUUACAACUGACAGGCUCUGAUCAUGGCCCAGUACGUCUGUAACAUAGUGUUUUCCUCAGCCUUUGUAUAUAUGCUGUUGCCAUGGUAUUGGCAGAUCAGCUUAUUGCCUUAUGUUGCUGUAGGGCUUUCUCACAAGUACC